AUGGCGGCCACAGCCGCCGCCGCGGCCACCAGCAAACGCGGCACGUCCACUUCGGCUGUCGCCGCCGCCGCCGCCGCCGCCGCCGCCGCCGCUCCUCGACCGCAGCAGCAUGUUCACCUGGUUUUGGACUAUGCCGAGCAUGAUUUGCUCCAGGUUCUUGAAUGCCAUCGGAAUGCCGCUGCCAAGCCUCCCGCCGGGUCGGCCCCCUCGCCCGGGGUCCAGUCGACCGGGAUCCCCCUGCCGCCGCAGAUGAUCAAGUCCAUCCUCUGGCAGAUUCUCAAUGGCGUGGCGUACCUCCACUCCCAGUGGGUCCUCCACCGGGAUCUGAAGCCGGCCAACAUCCUGAUCAUGGGCGAGGGCCGGGAGAUUGGCACGGUGAAAAUCGCCGACCUUGGCCUCGCACGCGUCUUCCGGUCACCUCUGCACUCUCUGGUGCAGGCUGACCGAGUGGUGGUCACCAUUUGGUAUCGAGCGCCGGAGCUGCUCCUUGGCGCCAAGCACUACACGAAGGCCGUCG